AAGCCAAACACCCCCAACAGCUCCAAAAAAACACAAACCAACUUGUUUCCAAAGACUGGUUUUUUGGGGGUUACUCAACCGGCCUAGCUCACAGACAAAUCCCUCGAUAUGAUUAUGGGUACUAAAUCCCUCACUACCCUUUUCAUUUCCUCUCUCAUCCUCUCUCUCUCCUCCGCCCAAACAUGCAACGACUACACCUUCACAAGCAACAAGGUCUUCACCACCUGCACCUCCCUCCCCUACCUCUCCUCCUUCCUCCACUGGACCUACCACUCCAAUUCUACCGUCGACAUCGCCUACCGCCACACCGGUGUUGACACCUCCACCUGGGUCGUCUGGGCCCUCAACCUCGAAAGUGACAAGAUGGUCGGCGCCCAGUCCCUCGUCGCCUACCACAACUCCUCCGGCAGUGUCAUCGCGCACACCUCGGCCGUCACCAGUUACCGCACCGACUUGUCGGCGAGCAGCCUGAGCUUCGACGUGCCGAGCAUCUCGGCCGAGUACGUUGAGAAUGUCAUGGUGAUUUACGCGACGCUGGUGUUGCCGAGCGGGCAGACCGAGUUUAACCAGGUGUGGCAGAGUGGGCCGGUGAGCGGCGGGAAUCCCGCUGAGCAUCCGACUACCGGGGAUAAUAUGGCGUCGUACGGGACGGUGAAUUUCGUGAACGGACAGAGCACCGGGAGUAGCGGAGGAGGGGCGUUGCAGCGGAGAAAAAACGUUCAUGGAAUUUUGAAUGCAGUGAGUUGGGGAACUUUGAUGCCUCUAGGGGCUAUGAUUGCAAGGUACUUGAAGGUGUUCAAGUCAGCCGACCCUGCCUGGUUUUACCUCCACGUAGCCUGCCAAUCCUCUGCCUACAUCGUCGGUGUCGCGGGAUGGGCCACCGGUCUUAAACUCGGCAGCGAUUCUGCCGGCGUUACCCAUUCCACCCACAGGAACAUCGGCAUCACCCUCUUCGCCCUCGGAACUCUUCAGGUGUUUGCCCUGCUUCUGAGGCCAAAGAAGGAUCACAAAAUCAGAAUAUACUGGAACGUCUACCACUGGACUGUCGGCUACCUUACGAUUAUUCUGAGCAUCGUCAACAUUUUCGAGGGAAUCGACAUCUUGAACCCUGGCAAAAACUGGAAGAGAGCUUACAUUAGCAUCAUCAUAUUUUUGGGCUUCAAUGCUGCUAUGUUGGAAGCCUACACAUGGUACCUUGUCAUAAAGAGGAAGAAAACUGGCUCAGAUAAAUACCCGAACGGAGCAAACGGUGUUACUGGCUAUGGUAAUGGUACCAGAUCACAGCAGGCAGUAUAGGGUGGGUUAUAGAUUUUGACGGGCUCUGUGUUUUUGUUGGUUUUAUUGCCUAUUUCCAGAUUUGGCCUUUUAGACGAUUGAGUUAGGGUUUCUUUGGAGCCCCCCAUGUGAUGAGGGAGACUCGUGUAUGAUGAUAGAGUUUCAUUCUUUUCUCCUUCUGAUGUGUGUAGUUUUUUCUGUGUUUUUACAUGAAUAGAUACACUCUUAUUUUGGUUCU